AUGUCUGCUGAUUGGAGUAUUGGAGUCGAAACCCCAGAGGCUGCUUUAUAUGUCUUACGAGUCUUCCAGUCCCAUCCUGGGCAUACAGUUGUCAGUGUGGCACACAGACUUUUGUCCAAAGGAGUGCAGUUUCGAACUCUUGUCGGGCGUAAAAAUGUGGUUCAGGUGCAUCAACCCUACAAGGAAGUUAUCUUUUACCGCAAAGUCAGCUACAAGUUUACCAACGACGACUAUGAGUCCUCAAUGCUGGCCUGUCGGCAGAUACUGGACCAACAACGCGGUCGUGCAGCGCUACUCAUGGGUGGAAUAGUAGGACGAAUCGCCAAAGAGUAUCUGAGCACAGAGUCUGUUCUCCAGGGCCCAUCAGUAGAAUUGCUGAGAAAUGGACGCGGAUAUGUCGCUAAUCCAGAGGCCGAGUUGCUGGCUUACUGCAAUGACGGGCUUACAGAACACGAUAUUGCGAUUAUUAUCGGGUCGUAUUCUCUCAUGACGGAUUUUAAAAAUCAGGUCGGAGUCAAGUCUUGGUUUCCUCCCCCGGCGGUAUGGAAUGAAAUCGACAAGAAUGGGAUAGGAUGGCUGGAAUGGACUGAACGCAACGAGUACUGGUACCAGACUAGGCUGGAAUUAAUUUGA